AUGUCAUCAAUUAAGCUUCGCUGGGGAUUGAUUGGCUGUGGGAAGAUCUCUCACGACUUUGGAAAAGCCUUGGACAAGGCUGAACAUCCUCAUGAGAUUGUAGCUUGUGCCGCUUCAUCCUUGGAUCGUGCUCAAAAAUUUGUCAAAGAACACUUUCCUAAUGCUAAAGCUUAUGGUAGCUAUGAAGAACUUUUCAAUGAUCCGCUUGUUGGUAGGCUUACUUAUGGUUGGGAAGUGCAGGGUAGAAUAACGUAGCCUAGGGUAAGGUAGGGUAAAAUAAGGUAGGGUAGAGUAGAAUAAGGUAGCCUAUUGUAAGGUAGGGUGGAAUAAGAAGGGUAGUAUACAUUUUUUUCGUUUUUUAUUUUUUUUUAAUUUUAGACGUAGUCUACAUUGGCACACACAAUGAAGCUCAUUGUCCAUGGGUUGUGAAGGCAAUUGAAGCUGGCAAACAUGUAGUUUGUGAAAAACCGUUUGGAACUUGUGCUGGAGAAGUUCGUGCAACCAUCGAAAAGACCAAGGGAAGAAAGACUUUCCUCAUGGAGGUGGGUUUUGAAUUUGAAAGUUAUAUUAUAUUGGCCAAAAAAUGCAAAAAAAAUUGUAUUUUUAACUUUUGAAAUUUUAGGCUAAAAAUUUUAAACCAAGGGUCAGACCAAAGCUGAUGCUAGUUUUAAUUUUUUUAAAAUUUUUAGAAAAAAUUUUUUAAAAAAUGAUUUUGAUAUAAUUUUAGGCCUUUUGGAGUCGAUUCUUCCCUUCAUGGAGAUACAUUCGCAACAUUGUAGACAAGAAGGAAUGGGGCGAGCCUAGAGUUGUUCAGGCUAACUUUGGAUAUCCUCAUGUAAGUUACAGUUUAUUUUACAAAAAAUGGCAAGAACUUUCUUUGGAAAACGAAAAAUGGCAAAAACUUUCUUUAAAAAACACAAUAUGGCAAGAACUUUCUUUACAAAUUGAAAAAUGGCAAAAACUUUCCUUACAAUCCAAAAAAUAGCGAAAACUUUCUUAACAAAACAUAAAAUGACAAAAACUUUCGGUUCUCAUGAAGAAUAACUCCCCAGCAGGUGAAUAAUAAUUCCCCAUGGAUAUGAGCUACAAUCAUUCCCCACUUAUUCAAAUUUUAAGAUUUUUUUUUCAAUUUCUCAUUCUUUCAUUUUGUUUGCUAAAUUAUGGUCGGACCGCGAACUUACGAAGAAAUCACUUAUGAAAUUGCUAAAAGUAAAAAAAACAACCGUUGUGUCCCACUCGGUAUUACUAUCAUGCUCCACUCGAAUUGCUAUCAUGCCCCACCUGUAUUACAAUCAUGCCCCACCUGUAUUACUAUCAUGCUCCACUCGAAUUACUAUCAUGCCCCACCUAUAUUACAAUCAUGCCCCACCUGUAUUACUAUCAUGCCCCACCUGUAUUACUAUCAUGCCCCACCUGUAUUACAAUCAUUCCCCACCUGUAUUACAAUCAUGCCCCACCUGUAUUACUAUCAUGCCCCACCUGUAUUACUAUCAUGCCCCACCUGUAUUACAAUCAUGCCCCACCUGUAUUACUAUCAUGCUCCACUCGAAUUACUAUCAUGCCCCACCUAUAUUACAAUCAUGCCCCACCUGUAUUACUAUCAUGCCCCACCUGUAUUACUAUCAUGCCCCACCUGUAUUACAAUCAUUCCCCACCUGUAUUACAAUCAUGCCCCACCUGUAUUACUAUCAUGCCCCACCUGUAUUACUAUCAUGCCCCACCUGUAUUACUAUCAUGCCCCACCUGUAUUACUAUCAUGCCCCACCUGUAUUACUAUCAUGCCCCACCUGUAUUACUAUCAUGCCCCACCUGUAUUACUAUCAUGCCCCACCUGUAUUACUAUCAUGCCCCACCUGUAUUACUAUCAUGCCCCACCUGUAUUACUAUCAUGCCCCACCUGUAUUACUAUCAUGCCCCACCUGUAAUACUAUCGUGCCCCACCUGUAUUACUAUCAUGCCCCACCUGUAUUACAAUCAUGCCCCACCUGUAUUACUAUCAUGCCCCACCUGUAUUACUAUCAUGCUCCACUCGAAUUGCUAUCAUGCCCCACCUGUAUUACAAUCAUUCCCCACCUGUAUUACAAUCAUGCCCCACCUGUAUUACUAUCAUGCCCCACCUGUAUUACUAUCAUGCCCCACCUGUAUUACAAUCAUGCCCCACCUGUAUUACAAUCAUGCCCCACCUGUAUUACUAUCAUGCCCCACCUGUAUUACUAUCAUGCCCCACCUGUAUUACUAUCAUGCCCCACCUGUAUUACUAUCAUGCCCCACUUGUUUUACGAGAAAAUGAUUGUUCAUCGGCCCCAAACUUUCUUUACAAAACAAAAAAUGGCAAAAACUUUCUUUACAAUCCAAAAAAUAGCGAAAACUUUCUUAACAAAACAUAAAAUGGCAAACACUUUCUUUACAAAACAAAAAAUGGCAAAAACUUUCUUUACAAGACAAAAAAAACGUUUUUUCCUUUCAGGAAGACGAGCUACGCUCUCUGGAACGUGCUGAAGGUCCAUUGACCAUGUAUGGUUUAUAUGUGGUUAUGAUGGCUCAUUACGUUUACAAAAGAAAGCCCGAGAAAGUGUCAGUUAUUGGAGCAACAGACAAGAAAUUUGGUAAGCUAUUUUUCUAGCCCCUGCUUUGCAUCACGCCCUACCCACUUGUCACCCUAAAACUGUUUCAGGCUGUGACGAAUGGGCGACAAUAGCCCUAGAGUACGGUGAUGACAAACGUGCUGUCCUGUACUACGACUCCCGCACUUGGCUGCCUCAGAAUGCGUUUGUAUCAUUCGACAAAGGUCAUAUCCAGAUCCCACAAUACUUUUGGUGUCCCGAGAAGAUUGUUCGUUGGGAGGGUAAGACUUGGUAUGACAAUGAAGAACAUCGACGAGAGAUCGAAUUCCCUCUCAAUGACAACCGCUUCUUCAAUUACAAUCACUCGAGUGGACUGAGAUACGAGGCUGAUCAUGCUUAUGAGCAGAUUCAGAAAGGUAAAAUACGUCUUCUGGUAAAAAAAAGUUUUAAAAAUAUUUCUAACUUUUUUUUUAUUUUUUAUGUACUUCAUUGUUAGAAUUUUAAAAUUAAAUUUAAAUUCCAGGUCACACUGAAAGUGAAUUUCACCCACUGAGCGAUACUUUGGAGAUUGUUGAGACUUUGGACGAAAUCCGCCGUCAAUUAGGCGUUCACUAUCCUCAUGAUGACAAAUUUUUGUGA